UGAUCACAGAGCGCUCAGAGGUUUGGUUAACCACAGGCUUGAGAAAGGAGCAUGGUAGAAGAACCUUUUGUGAGUUUUCUAAUGGAACUUGAAACUGCAUAAUAGUCCAGCAUGUGAUAUGAAACAGAAGGAAAAAUACAUUCCAGCAGUAUGGGCAGUCGAUACAAUGCUGAAAUGUGGAAGAUCUGGAACGAUACUGCAGGAAAUCUCUUGGGGAUGUGUUGCAGACACGAACGUGAACUUCCUAUUUUAGCCCUGCUCUGAUAUUUUCAGCUCUUAAGCAACACGUUCCUUGCAAGUAGAAAACAGGAGUACGAGCUAGAGAACACCGAAUAAUGUGUAGAUAUUUCUAAUCGAGGAGAGAAAGGACGACAUGGCAGUGCAUGCUUCUCUUAAUGGGACAACAGCCAUCCCAUGGAGAAGCAGCAGGAGGAGACUUUCACUGCUGGAAAAACUGAGGGGCUGUCAGGAUGCCUGGUGUCCUGGGGCCCCCUGGGACAGAGAGGGGGCCCACGCUGCUAUCCGAGGAGCACCAGCUGGGAGUUUCCUGGUUGUGCGGGACUCUGUGACGUCUCGGCCCUGCCUACUGUGUGUGUCUGCAGGAGAUCAGCAUGGAGAAGUUCUUGAUUAUAAUAUGAACUGCACGGGGACAGCCUUCCAGCUUGCUGAAUCUCGUCUGUCUUUCUCUGAUUUGCCUCAGCUGGUGCUGUUCUACUCUCUGACCAGGGAUGUGUUGGCUGUCUGCCUGUCCAUUCCCUGUAGGAUCUACUGUACAACAGAGAUGAACAAAGAUCAUCUCUCCCAGCUUGAACCUAAAGCUUGGUUGUCCACACCGCCUGAGCAACAGACUGGAGAAAUGCCCAACAUGGAGCCAAGCCAUGUGAUGUGCUCCAUUCAGCUGACUUCCUCCAGUGGAGCCCUGUGCAUCAUAAAUCCCCUCUAUCUUCAUGAACAUGGAGACGACUGGCUGACUUACAGGCCAGCACCUUUACAGCCAUCAAAUAUCCGGCGAGAGCGACGUCUCAGCACCACCCGGACUUGGGCCGGAGCCGGAAUACAAAGCAAACGAACCAUCUCAUUGGACCAGGAAUCCAAAGCUGCCAUUACAGAGGGUUCAGGUCUAACCAGAGCUCGGUCCGCUGAUUCCCCACUCACACCACAGACACCAACAGGAGUGGUUCUCAGGAGGCCCAGCCGGGAUUUUGCAUGUGCUGCCCCUCAGAGAGCGAGCACAGGAAGUCUUUCUACUCCCACCUUGCCAGGAACGCCUGAGCAGCACCGUCACAGCAGCCCUGUGCCUCAGUCUCCUCACAGAGUGUCCUGGAUUGAAGAUGGAGUUUGGUUGCCUCCACCCAGGCCUUCGUCCUUGCUCCAUCCCCCAUCGCUGGAACUCGAUUCACUGUCAAUUAGCAGCAUAGAGGAAGAGCAGGAGUCCCAAAUGGCAGGCCUCCCAACCCACCACCCUUCAGCACAUCGAUUGGCUGGAAAGGUCAUCAACCGUCUAUCGGCUGUGGGCCAGGCGCUCGGUGGGCUGGUGUCCCAGAAGAAAAAACUGACCAAUCGAGUGGUGGAGCUGAGCGAGAGAAAAGGGACUGCAUUUGGAGAGGCUGUUAAAGGAUUUGUGGAGCUGACUCUAAAGGGAGGUUCUGAUCCCAGUGGGCUGAUGGGAGCAGAGUUCCUACAGGAAGUGAGGUCAUCACUCUCGUCAAUUAGGGAGAUCCUGUUAGACUACCAAGACAUUCAGGCAAUACUGGACAGCAUCUCUGACUUAAAUGACUCUGAGAUUGACUCCCUGGUGGAGCUCUCCCUCCACAAAGUGGCCUUGAAGCCCGUCUGCUCCCAUCUCUACUCCUGCAUUCACACCUCCCGGACUAAUGACGGCAUCUUCCAGCGUCUCCAGGGAAACUUCCUAGUGCUAGAAAAGAACAGCGUUGAAGAACUUGGUGGAUCAAAAGGAGUCGGAGUCCCUGAUUCUGUCACAUUGGAGAGAAUACAACAGAGAUGGGCGAGUAUGCAUGAGACCUACUCUCCAAACAAGAAGAUCCAGAUUCUUCUCAAAGUCUGCAAGAGCAUUUACCACAGCAUGAGUGCUAAUGCUACUUCUAGCGCAGGAACAGUGUUUGGAGCAGAUGAUUUCUUGCCUUGUUUGACUUGGGUUCUGCUCCGUAGCAACUUGGUCACCUUACAGGUGGACACAGACUACAUGAUGGAGCUGCUGGACCCCACACAGCUACAGGGAGAAGGUGGCUACUACCUUACAACUCUGUACGCCUCUCUCUUCUACAUCAGCAGCUUCCAGCCACGGCUGGCUGCCCGCCAGCUCAGCGUGGAGGCCCAACACUCGAUUAACCAAUGGCAUCGCAGACGCACACUCCACUGCAACAAGUCUCGUCGCAGCCUGCACCGACGGACGAUUCGCAGGCAGAUGGCCAAACAGAAUGCGGAGACAGAAACUGAGAGCAAGAGUGAAAGUGGGAGAGAAAAUGAAUAUGAAAACGCAGAUAUUUCAGAGAAGCAGACAGAAAUUAGCACAGAUGUUUACUGGUUGCCAAGUGAUAAUGCAGAGUGUGAACAGGAACUGGAAGACCAGCCACAGACCACUGUGCAAACAGACCUUCGACCUGCAAUUCAGCAAGAAGUGACGACCCACAAACAGGAAGACAGGCAGAGAGUUUGCACAGAAACAGAGGAGGGCAUAGAUGAUUCUGAUGGAGAGCUGAAAGAAGACCUGAGGUGACAAACUUUGCUGCCAAUAAAGUAUGCAUUGGGAGACUGUCAAAGUGUUCUCCCUGGGUCAAACCCUUCCUAAACCUGCCUUAAUUCUUCAUCUAAAUAGACAUCAGUAUGGCAUUUAAAUUUUUACAUGAAAAGGUCCCUGAUGUGAAUCUUAGUUGGGGCCUUUCUGAGUGGUGCUUUCAUGUUCGCCCCAUGCCCCAUGUGAGUUUCCCCUGUGUGAACCAAUUUCCUAUUUCUGGUUAGUUGGUGAUAUUAAGUUGACUUGUGAAAGUGUAUCUAUGUUUGUUUCUCCUAGCUGGAGACCUGUGAAGAUAUUUAGUCCAAAGUGCACGCAGUUGCCUCUAUCUCUGAACACUGAGAAGCACAGUCAGGAAAUUAAACAAGAUGCUUAAAUUAGUGUUUGUCGUUCAAAGUCUUAAGGUGAAAUGCCUUGCAAAAUGAUUCAUACCCCUUGAACUUUUUUAACAUUUUGUGAUGUUAUGACAAGCAUAUAUCAUGUGUUAGAAGGGAACAGUCAAAGUUCAGAUCUAAAUCAAACUGAGAAGCAAUGGCAAGGCUGGAUAGUUGAUGUUUGCAGAUGCUCUUUAUUCCAGUCUGGCUGAGCUUGAACGGUUUUGCAAUGAAGAAUUGGCAAAAAUAACCAAUUUGUAGAUGAGCUGGUCGAGACAUACCCUAAUGGACUUACAGCUGUAAUUUGGCUAAGGUAGUAUGAAUACAUAUGCAAACCACACUUUUCAAAUUUUUACUUGCAAACAAGCAUAAAACCCUUAAAUCAUUUUGCUUCCAUUUAAGAAUUAUUCAUUACUUUCCGUUGGUCUAUCUCACAAAAUCCCCCAAAUCCAUUAAAGUUUGUGGUUGUAAUGUGACAAAAUGUGAAAAUCAAAAAUGUACUUCACGUUUUACCUUUCUCCUCUCUAAUUAUUGUAUGUUUGGUUUCUUGAACUGUUACAGUCUACAUAACAGCUGCUGGGAGUUUUGAUUUAAACAAACAUUGUGUUUCUAUAAGCUUGGUUUAACUGAUAUGUACCCAGACACCAUAUUACACCCUCAGUGUUCCCUCUCAGCCCAGAGUUGCACCCUUAAUGGAACGAUUUACAUCCGUGAAAGUGAUGAAAGCAGAAUCACCAGAGACCAAUCCUUUUUUUUCCAAGGUCCCUCUUAGAAAAGAGAUUUUAAAUCUCAAUGAGGUUUUAUCUGGAUAAAUAAAUGUUUAUCAUUAUAAUUAUUUUCAGUAUUUUAUCAUUAUCAUAAAAUCCACAGGACCAGUAUAUUUUGGUAGCCUACCAGAAAACCCAGGACAUACUUUAUCGCUGUCAGAUGGAAAAUUCCGAUCUCUAAAAAGCAAACAAAACCCCACAAAUUGUUCUGCUUUUAAAACAAAUAAACACAGUGUGGUCACCUUUAAAAGCUAUUUUGUGAUAUUUCCCACUGAUUGUUUACCAGUGGGACCACUGAUAGGUGAUCACCCUGACCAGGAAUCUGUAUUUCUUCAUGUAUCACCUAAGAUGUAGUGACUAAUAUCACUAUUAAGGUUAAAUCCUUUUAAAUAUGCAAAUGUAUUUAAUGUUAAAUUAAUUUUGGUGAUUAGAUUAAAGGAAUACACUGAUGCUGUUUCUAUUUCAUUUCAAAUAGGCAGCUGUUUUAGUUAGAAGCAGUAGUAGCUUUAUCACUGUACAUCAUCAGAUAGUUGUCAAGAGUUAUUAUAAGUCAGUACUAUUUAACUAAGAUUUAUUUGCUUGAGGUUAUAUGUGUCUGUGUAGCAAACCCAAGCUUUUAUUUAUCAAAGCAGUAGUGUUUUAUGGAUGUUAUCUGUAGCACUUUCACAAUUUCUGCUUUUAAAUAAAGAUCUCUUCUUCUCCCUGCUAA